GGGUAGGGCCUAGUAACUUUCCUACUGUAUUUCAACUUUCGAAUGUAGCCUACCUACAUUAAAAUCACUCUAAACGACUGCAUAGUAUCACGUUCUUGUAUAGUUGGGUCAAUUGUUGUAGUAGAAAAUGUAAACGUUUGCAUACUGUGCAUUUCCUAUUUUCCACUAGGACUACAGCCCCUGCUAUUUAUUAAAGCCUGCUUUUCUGCAUCUAGUCCAUGAUGGCAUCCCCAAGGCUGGAGACGUUCUGCUGCCCAAACAGAGACGCAUCGACCGAAUUUGUCAUUACUUUUCAACCCCUCUUCUUUAGCGCCAUUUGCAUCGGUAGCGCAGGUUUAAGUUUGAUAUUUUCUAUAUUACAACUUUUGCCCAAACGUAGGGGUUACAGACGCCUUGGACAGUACCCUCUUCCUAAACCAGCGUCUUCGUCGAGAAUAUUGUUUAUCAUCAGCAUAUGUGAUAUACUGGGAUGUGCAGGUAUCAUAGUGAGGUCAUCCAUCUGGCUGGGCCUGCCCAACCUCGUCAAAGGGAUCAAUGUGGCCAACAACAGCGACGUGUGGCCAGAGGUGUUCUGCGUCGGCAGUGCAAUGUGGAUCCAGCUGUUCUUCAGUGCAUCCUUCUGGUGGACCUUCUGUUACGCUGUGGACGUCUUCCUUGUGGUCAAAAGAUCUGCAGGAAUCAGUACCAUCAUCCUGUAUCACAUGAUCACAUGGGGUCUGGCCGUGUUGCUGUGUGUGGAGGGUGUGGCCAUGCUCUACUACCCAUCCAUCUCCAGCUGUGAGAAUGGCCUGCAGCAUGCCAUUCCUCACUACAUCACUACCUACGCUCCUCUACUGCUGGUGCUAAUAGUCAACCCUACGCUGUUCGCCAGGACUGUGUCUGCAGUGACAUCAUUAUUGAAGGGACGACAAGGGAUCUACACAGAAAACGAGAGACGGCUGGGAACAGAGAUAAAAAUACGCUUCUUCAAAAUCAUGCUGGUCUUCUUUAUUUGCUGGCUUCCCAACAUCAUCAAUGAGAGCCUGCUGUUUUACCUGGAGAUGCAGACCGAUAUAAAAGCUGGUGACCUGAAGAAUAUACGAAACGCAGCCCUCAUCACAUGGUUUAUCAUGGGGAUCUUGAACCCCAUGUCAGGCUUCCUCAACACGCUGGCCUUCCAUGGCUGGACGGGCUUCAAAGUGGACUGCAGCCUGCAGAGGAGGAGGGAGCUGGCCUGGGACUCAGCUUCCACCUCUGCGGCUAACGCGGGGGGCUACAACCCCAUCGUGGGCUCCACCCUGCUCUACCAGAGCCAUGUCCAGGAGGCCAAGAACAUGACAGGCAAGAACAUGACAGGCAACGGGCAGCCGGCCUCCGACGCCAUCAGCGUCCUAUCAGAAGGUUCAGAGUCUAGUACAAUUGAAAUCCACAUUUCCACUGAGCACCGAGACUAUGAGGAGAUAGACGCAGAUGGAGAAUCGUUGGGGAGCUCUGCAAGGCACUAGCUGGAGCCACCUGCAUCACCUGCUGCCAGCUUCCACUCUCUGCACCUCGUCUUUGUCUAACUCCCAUUGAGUAACUCCCCUGUCUUUUAGGCCGCAUCCUAAAUGGCACCCUAUUCCCUAUAUAGUGCACUACUUUGACCAUGGGCCAUAGGGUUCUGGUCAAAAGUAGUGCACUUUAUAGGGAAUAGGGUGCCAUUUGGGAUGCGCAGAGUUAGACCCUGUCCCUGAUCUCUGUUGGAAAACCAUGAACCCAUAGACACGUCUCUAGAUCCACCAGCAGUGUUAAAAAUUGUCUGUCUACCUGUUCCAUUUAAGUUAUUUUCUCUUUAGGAUUGCCAUUUCAUUACUACUGUAGCAUAGUUAAGAAAGGUUUGAUGUUAUCAAAGAACAACAUGACACACUUGGCCGUCCGUCUGCUUCUCAUAUCUCUGGUGUCCAUAUAUGACAGGCCCCAAAGGGUUUGCCAGUUAAUUUGCCUCAGCACUGAACACACCGCCCUCCUAAUCACCAUUGGCUAAAGACAGUGUGGUGUUACGUUAUUGAACUAUCAACUGUACAGUAAUGGAAUAGUCCCCAAGGCUACCUCACGGUGUCUCAUGUUCAAUUCAGAUAGGCAAUAGUACAAACCUGACAUUUCUUAUUGAUGAUGAACCUAGAGGCUGCCUUUUAAAAUGUGCCUUAUUACUCCAGAAACGUAUUCAAUGCAACACAUCAGCAGAUCCACAGUGUACUGUACGUAUGCAUGUAUGCCUUGUGCACAUAAUUAGCCCCCAAAAGCAUAAAAGAACGGGAAUAUAAAUCCUCUUUACCUGAGAUGCUGUUUAUAGGUAAACGAUUUGUAGAUAGGGUUUUGAACGUUACAUUGUUAACCUUGUACUUUGGUUCUAUUUUAUACAGUAUUAAACAUUGUGCAAUUGUUGAGGUUUUGUGAUAGUGUUAUCUUUAACCCAAAUUGAAGGAGGGUAAGCAUUUUGUAAUUUCUUUCAAGUUUGAUGUGUCAUCAUGAGCUAAAUGAUCACAUUAAAUAUCUCAAAGUGCUACACUGACACAUCAAAUAUCUAACUCACCAUAUGCACAUCAUCAUAAUAAUGCUAUACAUUCUGCCGCACAAGCCAUAAUUAAAGGGAAAUGACAAGAACCCAACAAUACAAGACAAGGAAAGUGUUUUCUAAUAUCAAAAUAGAGUGAUUUAUUUGAGACAUAGUGUGACUUCAUUGUUUAGUCUUGGAAACAGAUGACCAUACCCUAGACGGGGUGGGGGAGAGAGAUCAGUCACAGCACUUUAUUCCACACUGGGCUUCUCAGCAUGCCAAGAUGGCCACCAACCACAGUCCGAUUCUCAGUCUGACACAGACAAUAAUGGCUCUCAGCAACAACAAAAAAAGUCUGACAAUGACCCAUCCAUCCAUCAACGCCCGAUUAUGUCGUAAAAAAACAAAAAAUAAAAUGCUGCCUUUCCCCUUUCAUCAGAAAUCCAAACAAAAGCUGAUCCUACCGUCACACAUUGCUCUUAAAAUGAUCUUGACUGAAAGAGAGAAAAGGGUCCAGUAAAAAGGCAUUGUCAAAGUCACGGCUUGUUAGUUUGAAGAGACUAAUAUCACGUUAGACCACGGUGAGUACAAGUA